AUGACAUCAAGUUUAAGUUCAAUUAAGGUGCCGGUGUUUGAAGGAAAAAACUUUGAACACUUGAGGUUACAGAUGGAAAAUAUUUUCAUAUAUCAAGAAGUAUGGGAUAUUGUAAAAGAUGGUUAUGCUGAACCAACAGAAGGAGUUGUUUUAACAGAAGAACAACAAACUUCUUUAACAGCAAACAGGAAGAACAAUUCUAAAGCAACUUAUAUUCUUCAUCAAGGAGUUCAUGAAUCUCUCAUGGAUAGAGUUAUCUAUAUUAAGCAAUCUAAAGCAGCAUGGGAUGGAUUGGUAAACUAUUACAAAGGUUCUGACAAAGUCAAGAAAGUUAGGUUACAAACUCUGAAGCUUAAUGGUGAUAUUAUUGAAGAUUCAGCAAUUGUUGAAAAGAUUUUAAGAAGCUUACCUGAGAAAUUUGAAGCAAAAGUAACUGCUAUUGGGGAGUGUAACACUGUUGCAACUAUGUCACUCAAUGAGUUAUUAGGUUCAUUACAGGCUUAUGAGCAGAGAUUAUAUGAAAAAACAGCUGCUGCAAAACCAGUAGCAGAAGCUCCACAAAGUCAAGUCAAGUGGAGUAACAAACAAGGAAACUCAAGUUCUGGAGGAAAACCUAACAAUGGAGGUUAUCAAGAAAGAAAUAAUACUGGAGGAAGACCUAAUAAUGGAGGUUAUCAAUGA